AUGAGUAAACGUGUUAAUAAAAGUAUAACUGACUUUUUUGCCAAAAAAGUACCGCGGCAGGAAUUAAAUACAAAUAAUGCGAAAUUUUGUCCGGAAGAUGAUUUAAGCCAACAAAUAGAAAAUGUACAUUGUCAGCACGAUAAUCUGCAGGUUAGUUUAUUUGAUAUUGAAUUAUGUGUUGGUAAAAAGUUAUCAAAUAAAGAAAAAAUAGAUUUUUUUCAAAACACAUGGACCCCAGAAAAAACAUUUAUUUUCCCAACAACAGAAUUUAAAAACAAAAAAAAAUUGAAGUUUCAAUUUAGUUGGUUGGAGAAAUGGAUUUGGUUGGCGUAUUCACAUAAAGAAGACGGCGCGUAUUGCAAGUAUUGUGUUAUAUUUAAUAAAACGGAAGGAGGUUCUCAGGUUUUGGGUAAUUUUAGUCUUAAGCCUUUUAAAAUUUGGUAUAAAGCAAUAGAAAAAUUUAAUAUUCACGAAAAGUGUAAUUAUCACCUCAAAGCAGUUGAAGAGUAUCAGAACAUUGUUGCUAUUGAAGCUGGAAAACAAGAUUCAAUAGAUUUACAAUUAAAUAAAGCUUCUAAAAUGCAGAAAGAAUUGAAUAGAAAAAUAAUUAUUCCAGUAAUCGAAUCUGUGGUUUUUUGCGGAAGACAGGGAAUUGCCUUACGCGGACAUCGGGAUUUUGGAAUGCUAACGACGGAAAACCCAAUAGAAAAUGACGGUAACUUUAGAGCUUUAAUGCGAUUUCAUAUGAAUGCGACAAAGUUGUCUGGUGAUGAAUCUUACGAAUUGGCAAGAACAAAUUGUGCAAAAAACGCGCAGUAUACAACUGACGAAACGGCAGACGUGGCUGGCAUUGAACAAUUUUCGUUAUGUGUUCGUUAUUUUGAUUCUAAAAGUAAAAUAAUAAAAGAACAAUUUUUAAAAUUUGUACCUGUUAUGGACUUAAGUGGAAGCGCACUUGCAAGUAUAAUUAUUAAAGAACUUACUGACAUGAAAAUUGAAAUGCAGUACAUCAGAGGACAGGGUUAUGAUGGAGCUGCAUCGAUGAGUGGGAGAUUCAAUGGUGUACAAUCAUGCAUAAAAAAAGAAUAUAAAACUGCUAUAUAUGUUCAUUGCAGUGCGCACAGUUUAAAUUUAGCUAUAACUUAUGCUUGCGGUGUACAAUCCAUUCGAAAUACUAUGGGUACAAUCGAAAAAGUUUUCGUAUUUUUAAAUACUCCAAAAAGACAAGCUGCAUUUUCAAAACAUGUCAAAGAACUGAAUCAAGAAAAUACUCAUAAAGAAAAACUAAAACGAUUAUGUAUGACAAGAUGGGUUGAAAGGCAUGACUCAGUAGAAGUGUUUGAUCAACUUCUUCCUGCUGUCCAUUCGUGUUUAGAAGAAAUGACUAAUCUUAUUCAAGCUCUAGAAUAUGUCAACAAUGUGAUACUUCAAAUAAAUUCAAUUAGGAAUAAUGUCGAUGAAGAGUUCUUAGAAUGUUUUGAAGAACUUCAAAGUAAAUCAAAUGAUUUAGAUUUUGAGAUAAAAAUUCCAAGAAUUACAAAAAGACACACUUAUAGUCAGAAUACUCCCAAUAAUACAGUUCAAGAUUAUUUUAAAGUUUUUUUAUUUAUACCUUUUUUAGAUACAUUUAUUAGUCAGUUAAAUGACAGAUUUAUUAAUCAUAAUGAAAUUAUUCAAGGUUUUCAAUUGCUUUUCCCGAUUGCACCUCUUACUGAACAACAAGAAAAAUUAAUAAAAAAUUUGGCGGAAUUUUAUGCUAACGAUGUAGAAAAUUCAUCAAAUGUUUUAGCUGAAGUAAAAAUUUGGCAUCAUCAAGUUUUUAAAUUACGUGUCGAAACCAAUUUAAAAAUGGUUACUGCUAUUGAAGUAAUUAGUAAUUGCAAUAUUGAUCUAUAUCCCAACGUGUAUAAAUUGUUGAAAAUUCUUUUAACGUUACCUGUAACUUCAUGUGAAGCUGAAAGGUCAUUUUCAACUCUAAAAAGAGUUAAAACUUAUCUCAGAAACUCUAUAUCAGCAUUUAGACUUAAUGGAUUAGCAGCUUUGAAUAUUCACCGCGAAAUUACAGUUACUACAGAUGAAAUUAUUAAACAGUUAAGUGAGAAAAAAAGACGAUUAGAUUUUGUAAUAUAA